AUGAGCAAAUCUCUCGGGAGCUGCAGAGGACGCUCGACGAUGCUUCCCACCAAGACCAACAGAUUCAAGGGUUCCAAGGCGCAGUUUCAGGAACUACAGGAGAGCUUGCGACAGUCUCAAGCUGAUGUCCAGCAACGGGAGGUCGGGCCCCAGGAACUGAAAGCCAAGAUCGCCGAUAAGGAGACUUCGAAUGUAGAAUUCAACCUGUCCAUUGCAAACUUGCAAGCACAACUGCAGGACAACAACGUCGUGGAGACAGCGCUCCGUCUCCGAGUAGAAGAGCUUCUGCAAGCCAUGUCCACAACCGAAGCACAAGCAAGAAACUUCCAGCAAUCCAACAUCACUCUCCGGGAACAUCUGCAGACCACGGAGCAGAACCUGUCAGUGCAGAUCCAGGUGCUCGCAACUCUGCAUGAGCAGCAUCUGACAGCCACCAAAGAGCUUACAGCAACAAGAAGCGAGCUGGAACGACAUCGCAAUCAAUUGGACGAAGCAACCGCUACAACGAACAAUCUUCAGCUCGCCAAUGCAGCCUUGCAGACGCAGCUGGAAAGGGAAAGAGCCCGCACGGAGCUCGAAGCCAGCAAACGAUGGAAGGCGCGCCUAAGAGACUUGGCCCACAAACAUUCUGCAUCUUCUCUACAACGACCUGGAGAGACCUCAACCGUGCGCGAAGUCCUCGAAGCCAUGCAAUCAAUGACCCCGAACAAGAUCACGAAUGAGCAGGUUGAGCGACUUGCCGGGCUGUGUCUCUGCCACCGCCACGGACACCAACUCGGCACAGCUAAGAAUGAGCUGCAGAACCGGCUCCGAUAUGCAGUUCUCGACCAUGAUCAAGUUGUCCAUGAUCGUGCCAGUAGAUAUUCCGUGGUUUUUGGCGUCGAUGAAGGAAAGGAGGAUGAGUCGACCAGCUCGAGGUGGGGAUGGGCGACCUGGGCCUGGAAGGUGCUGGCGAGCGGAAUUUUGGGGGACGGGAGUCAAUAG